UCCACCACCCUGGGUCAGCAAACAAAGAUGGAAAUGAAAAGCAAAGACAGUCGUUGUUCCUGUUCAUGUAGAAAAGGCUGCCUGGGCCCUCUCGCCUUCCACCCCAAGGUCAAAGGGCAGCAUGUGACACUAAGUGAAGGUGGCAGACGUGCCACCAGGGAUCAGUCAAGUUUCCGCCAUGGCCUCGUCUUCAGCAGUCGACCGAUCAAGCUUGGCGAGAAGGUGCACUUGCGUGUGGAGCGUUCUAUGACAGCGUGGCAUGGUGCCCUCCGGAUUGGCUUUACAGAUGUGAUGCCUGGUUCCCGUCCAGUGCCCUCACUGGCCAUCCCUGAGCUCACUAGCUCUCAGGGCUAUUGGGCUACACCCAUACCAGAGUGGUACAGCUCCCCACGUACUGAGCUCACGUUCUGGGUGACAAACUCUGGGUACCUACAUGUUGAGACCGAUAAUGGGUACAAGCAUUCUUUGAGGAUGGCUCAGACGAAACCAAGCAAGCCAGUCUGGACGAUGAUUGAUGUGUAUGGCCAGACCAGCGCUGUUCUUUUACUUGGCUCAGAGAAGAAGGGUAUAAUCGGCACACGCCACUCUUGCCCGGCUCCCAAAAUAAAUCCUACAGAUAAGCACUGUGGCUAUGAUGAGAUCCCUACUGAGAUACAGGAGAAAAUGAAGCGAAGAAACACUUUAGAAGAAAGAAUUGUCAAUAUUUUCUUCACACAUAGCAAUGCAGAUGAAGAAAACUGUGUUGUGUGCUUCUCUGAGCCUUCCACUGUCAUCCUGAAAUGUGGUCACUGUUGUCUGUGCAGUCAGUGUGCACCGAGGGUGGUCAAGGAAUUUGGGACUUGCCCGCUGUGUCGCCAGUACAUACGUCCACUUUAAACUUAACAUAUUCAUGUAAAGAAGUUGUAAACUGUUGUAUUACUG